UGGUGCCGCUCCCGGUCCCUGUCGCGGUCCCGUCCCGUCCCGGUUCGGUCAUGUCGGGCCGCUGCUGCCACGGGCAGACGCCCAGCCGUGACAUCCCGGGCCCCGGGAAAUGCCUCGCCCUGCCCGACGGGGCCCCGCUGCCGCCCGGCGACUACAGCACCACACCGGGGGGCACCGUGUUCGGGACCACGCCGGGCGGUACCAGGAUUAUUUAUGACAGGAAGUUUCUGAUGGAAUGCCGCAAUUCCCCCGGUGCCAAAACCCCUCCCUCCGACCUUCCCGACAUUCCAGGAGUCACCAGCCCCAGCGUGGAGGAGCUGAAGGUGGAAAACCACCACGUGCAGAGCUGUGAGGAGAAAGUGAGCGCAGCAGGUGAGGAGGAGCAGUUUGACAUGGACAUCUAAACACACCUGCCCUGGAGUGAUCCAGUGAAGCAGCAGGACUUGUCUGGAGGAUUCUCACCAGCAGCCAUGCCUUGAGUGCCUUCCUGCUCUGGGAAAGGCAGAUUAUUCCCUCAGGAGAGCAGGGUUUGUCCUGUUCCAGGGGCCAGGCCAGGGGUGCUGCAGGGGAAACUCUGCCCCACCUUGGUUUUGGUUCCAGUUUUAUGCUUUUUGUUAAAUCAUUUUAAUACUGUAACAGUAAGGGAAACGCAAUCGAAGGGAGAAAUAAAAAUCACCGUGGAGUCUCCUGGUGUGGAGAUGAAUGCAA